AUGGCUACAUACCAAGAACGGUCCACCCAGAAACGCGCCGAUCAACACUCUCUGAUCCCACCCGAGUGGCGCUUACAUCCGAUCCCCGCGAUCGAAUCUACCCCAAAUGCCCUGGCUUAUCUCCGCCUGGUUCUCACUCCGGAUGAACUGGCCCUCACAGAAGAAACCGAUAUCUCCGUUCUUCUACGCAAGCUCUCGUCAGGAGAACUCUCCUCACUAGAUCUAACCCGAGCAUUUUCUAAACGCGCCGCGCUAGCCCACCAAUUAACAACAUGUUGCACGGAGAUAUUCUUCGAAGAGGCAUUCGCCACCGCCAAAGAAAUGGAUGACCACCUCGCGAAAACAGGCAAGACUGCCGGGCCUUUACACGGUCUACCGGUGUCUAUUAAAGAUUUAUUUUCGGUUAAGGGUGUUGAUACUUCAAUCGGCUGGGUCGGACUAACAAACAACCCCGAAAAAGCCGACAAAUCAGUCGCUAGAACCCUCCGCCGCCUAGGCGCAGUCCUCUACGUGAAGACCAAUCUCCCACAAUCAAUGAUGAUGUCCGAUUCGUACAACCACGUCUUCGGGCAGUGCGUCAACCCAUUUAACCGGGCUUUGAUUUCUGGCGGGAGUUCCGGUGGCGAGGGGACGCUUGUUGCGGCGCGCGGUAGCGUUCUUGGUAUUGGGACUGAUCUUGGUGGUUCGAUUCGUAUUCCUGCUGCGCUUUGUGGGCUGUUUGGGUUGUCGCCUAGUCCUGGGAGACAUCCUUAUGAGAGGGGAAAUCCUGGGCAGGAUAUUGUUCGCUCCGUUGCUGGGCCUAUGGCUUGUAGCUUGGCUACUAUCGAGCGGUAUAUGGAGGCUUUGCCAACUGCGUCGCCUUGGGAGGUCGAUCAGCAUGUUUCCCCUGUGCCUUGGAGGGCGCAUUUGGCUUCGGGUGGGAAGAGGUUGAGGAUUGGGUUCUUGGUUGAUGAUGGGGUUGUGAGAGUUCAGCCGCCGAUUGCUAGGGCUAUGCGGGAGGUUAUCGAGGCUUUGAGGGUGGCUGGUCAUGAUGUCUUCGAAUGGGAUGCCUCUUCACACGGUUACGCAUACACCCUCUGGGCAAAAGCCAUAUUCUCGGAUGGCGGAGAAGGCUGCCGAAGGAAAACAGAACUAACAGGCGAGCCACUUAUUGAAGGAAUGCUCGUUGGGAAGCCAGAGGAUACGUUGACGACGAGCGAGACGCACCAGCUCAAUGCAGACAAAUACAAUUACGAAACGGAAUACCUUAACAAAUGGAUAUCCUCCGGCAUCGACGCGAUCAUCAUGCCCAAUACGCCAUGGGUAGGCUACAAGCCAUGGACAUGGGUCAAAUCCAGUGCGUACGUGGGCUACACAAGUAUCUGGAAUUUCCUGGGCUAUGCCGCAUUGGCAGUUCCUAUCACUACUGUUUCGAAGGAGAAGGAUGUUCCUGAUCAGGCAUGGCUGGAUCAUAUUCCCAGGAAUGAUAGUGAUAAGUUUAAUAAGACACAAUAUGAUAUCGACUUAGUUCAGGGUAUGCCCGUUGGUGUACAGGUUGUUGGGGGACGGUUUGGGGAGGAGAAGUGUGUUGCUGUAGCGAAGGCGAUUGAGGAAGCUAUGCAGGGGAAGAUGGUUUCUCGAGCGAAUCUUUGA